AGACAAAAACCAACAAAGACCCCUCUGCUCCGGGGUAAUAGUCCCAGGGGCUGCUCUUCCCGAAGCGCCCGCUGCUGCCUUCCCACCAUCUGCGGGAAACAACAAAGGGGUCGAACCCUUUCAUGGCAGAAGCACGUAGGUCCGUGCGUAGUAAUAACAAGAUUUUUUCAAAGUUCAUUUACGUAGUUUCAUUUGUACGAUUGACUUUGCUAUCAUGCAGCGACAGAAGGGCGAUAAAGUCUAGAAAGCAGAACUGCGGUAACCAUGGUAACGGGAUGGGGCCUGGACCGCGCUCGGCGCCUCGGGGGGAAGCGCGGCCAGAACGCUCUGACGUCUUUUGGCCUGUUCGCCACGCCGUACGUCGCGGUGCAUGAUGGGCCUCGCAAAUAUGGCGUCCUCCUUGAUGUGCUGAUGAGAGGAGUUUCACUGUAGCUUCAAACCAGAGGACAAAACUCCGCACACCCCAUAAGCCCACGUUGCCCGCCUGCUGCGCGGCUCCGUGUCGUCCGUUUCUCAGGACUUGUUCUCAGGCAGGAGAGGGCCACGGGGCCGAGGGCCAGGACCGGCCCGGUCGCACGGACCCGGGGCUGAGCAGCCGGUGCGGGCGAGCACGAUGGGCCGGUCCUGGCUCUGGUUGCAGCAGCUGCGGCGAGUGCGGGACCCGCAGGGCUGAGCGUGGCCGGGGGAGGCCCGAGGCUCUCUGGACCUCUUCCCUUAGGCCGGAGACCUCCGCCCAGGCGCGAACCGACGGCUAGAGCGGGCCGCCUGCGGGCCUGUGCUCGGAGGCCGCGCACGGGGUCAUCGUGAGGCCUCCAGUGUCGCACGCCUUUGACAGCUCGGCCUGCGGCCCCAUCCGGCGCGGACCGCCUCUGGAGCAGCCGGCGGCCCGGAGCCCGGGGGCGUGUGCGUCCGUGCGGCGCUCCCGGGGCUGCCCCGUUCCCCACCGGCUGCCCCCCAACUCCGACGUCCCGCUCGGAGUUAGAAGGAUCUCAGCAGACUUUCUGCCUGAGUGAGGGGCUCCGCGCACGCUACCGACUUCCGUUUCUGCUCCCCCUCUUUCCUGUGACUUCCCCGGUUCUGGUACACACUAGCCUUUAAGGCUGGAGGUUCUGGAGCGCUUGCUGCCAAGGACUCCCCCUCCCCCACCCCCGCCGAUGGAGUCCGAGAUGCUGCAGUCGCCUCUCCUGGGGCUCGGGGAGGAAGACGAGGCCGACCUUACCGACUGGAACCUGCCUUUGGCUUUUAUGAAGAAGAGGCACUGUGAGAAAAUCGAAGGCUCCAAGUCCUUGGCUCAGAGCUGGAGGAUGAAGGAUCGGAUGAAGACCGUCAGUGUGGCCUUGGUGUUGUGCCUGAACGUCGGCGUGGACCCCCCGGAUGUGGUGAAGACCACCCCCUGCGCGCGGCUGGAGUGCUGGAUCGAUCCCCUGUCCAUGGGGCCCCAGAAGGCCCUGGAGACCAUUGGCGCCAACCUGCAGAAGCAGUACGAGAACUGGCAGCCCCGGGCCCGGUACAAGCAGAGCCUGGACCCGACGGUGGACGAGGUGAAGAAGCUCUGCACGUCCUUGCGCCGCAACGCCAAGGAGGAGCGGGUCCUCUUCCACUACAACGGCCACGGGGUGCCCAGGCCCACGGUGAACGGGGAGAUCUGGGUGUUCAACAAGAACUACACGCAGUACAUCCCGCUGUCCAUCUACGACCUGCAGACGUGGAUGGGCAGCCCGUCCAUCUUCGUCUACGACUGCUCCAACGCCGGCCUCGUCGUCAAGUCCUUCCGGCAGUUCGCGCUGCAGCGGGAGCAGGAGCUGGAGGUCGCCGCCAUCAACCCCAGCCACCCGCUGGCCCAGAUGCCGCUGCCCCCGUCCAUGAAGAACUGCAUCCAGCUGGCGGCGUGCGAGGCCACCGAGCUGCUGCCCAUGAUCCCUGACCUCCCGGCCGACCUGUUCACGUCCUGCCUGACCACCCCCAUCAAGAUUGCCCUGCGCUGGUUCUGCAUGCAGAAGUGCGUCAGCCUGGUGCCCGGCGUCACCCUGGACUUGAUAGAAAAGAUCCCCGGCCGGCUGAACGACAGGAGGACGCCCCUGGGCGAGCUGAACUGGAUCUUCACGGCCAUCACGGACACCAUCGCCUGGAACGUGCUCCCUCGGGACCUCUUCCAGAAGCUCUUCCGGCAGGACCUGCUGGUGGCCAGCCUGUUCCGGAACUUCCUGCUGGCCGAGAGGAUCAUGAGGUCGUACAACUGCACGCCGGUCAGCAGCCCGCGCCUGCCCCCCACCUACAUGCACGCCAUGUGGCAGGCCUGGGAUCUCGCGGUGGACAUCUGCCUCUCCCAGCUGCCCACGAUCAUUGAGGAGGGCACCGCGUUUCGGCACAGCCCCUUCUUCGCCGAGCAGCUGACCGCGUUCCAGGUGUGGCUGACCAUGGGCGUGGAGAACCGGAGCCCGCCCGAGCAGCUCCCCAUCGUCCUGCAGGUGCUGCUGAGCCAGGUGCACCGGCUGAGAGCCCUGGACCUGCUGGGGAGGUUCUUGGACCUGGGCCCCUGGGCGGUGAGCCUGGCGCUGUCCGUGGGCAUCUUCCCGUACGUGCUCAAGCUGCUGCAGAGCUCCGCGCGGGAGCUGCGGCCCCUGCUCGUCUUCAUCUGGGCCAAGAUCCUCGCCGUGGACAGCUCGUGCCAGGCGGACCUGGUGAAGGACAACGGCCACAAGUACUUCCUCUCGGUCCUGGCGGACCCCUACAUGCCGGCGGAGCACCGCACCAUGACGGCCUUCAUCCUCGCCGUGAUCGUCAACAACUACAACACGGGGCAGGAGGCCUGCCUGCAGGGCAACCUGAUCGCCAUCUGCCUGGAGCAGCUCAGCGACCCCCACCCCCUCCUGCGCCAGUGGGUGGCCAUCUGCCUCGGGCGCAUCUGGCAGAACUUCGACUCGGCCAGGUGGUGUGGGGUGCGGGACAGCGCCCACGAGAAGCUCUGCAGCCUCCUCUCCGACCCCAUUCCUGAGGUACGCUGUGCGGCCGUCUUCGCCCUGGGCACGUUCGUGGGCAACUCCGCGGAGAGGACCGACCACUCCACCACCAUCGACCACAACGUGGCCAUGAUGCUGGCGCAGCUCAUCAGCGACGGGAGCCCCAUGGUCCGCAAGGAGCUGGUGGUGGCGCUGACCCACCUGGUCGUGCAGUACGAGAGCAACUUCUGCUCUGUGGCCCUGCAGUUCAUGGAGGAGGAGAAGAACUACCCGCUGCCGUCGCCCGCCACCACAGAGGGCGGCAGUCUGACGCCCGUGCGAGACAGCCCCUGCACCCCCAGGCUGCGCGCCGUGAGCUCCUACGGGAACAUCCGCGCCGUCACCACGGCCAGGAGCUUGAACAAGUCUCUGCAGAACCUGAGCCUGACAGAGGAGUCCGGCGGCGCGGUGGCCUUCUCCCCCGGGAACCUGAGCACCAGCAGCAGUGCCAGCAGCACGCUGGGCAGCCCGGACACGGAGGAGUACAUCCUGUCCUUCGAGACCAUCGACAAGAUGCGGCGCGUCAGCUCCUACUCCGCCCUCAACUCCCUCAUCGGCGUGUCCUUCAACAGCGUCUACACGCAGAUCUGGAGGGUCCUCCUGCACCUGGCCGCCGACCCCUACCCGGACGUGUGCGACCUGGCCAUGAAGGUGCUCAACAGCAUCGCCUACAAGGCCACCCUGAACGCCCGGCCCCAGCGCAUCCUCAGCGCCUCCUCGCUCACCCAGUCGGCGCCCGCCAGCCCCACCAACAAGGGCGUCCACAUCCAGCAAGCGGGGGGCUCCCCUCCGACGUCCAGCACGAGCAGCUCCAGCCCGACCAGCGACGUGGCCAAGCAGCCGGCCAGCCGGGAGCUGCCUGCGGGCCGGCUGGGCGCCCCCGGGCCCACGGGGGUGCAGUACACGCCCCACUCGCACCAGUUCCCCCGCACGCGGAAGAUGUUUGACAAGGGCCCGGACCAGACUGCCGACGACCCGGACGACGCCGCCGGACACAAGAGCUUCAUCUCAGCCGCGAUGCAGACGGGCUUCUGCGACUGGAGCGCCCGGUACUUCGCCCAGCCCGUCAUGAAGAUCCCGGAGGAGCACGACACGGAGAGUCAGGUCCGCAAGGAGCGUGAGUGGCGGUUCCUGCGCAACAGCCGGGUGCGGAAGCAGGCCCAGCAGCUCAUCCAGAAGGGCAUCACCAGGCUGGACGACCAGAUCUUCCUGAACCGGAACCCGGGCGUCCCCUCCGUGGUCAAGUUCCACCCCUUCACCCCCUGCGUGGCCGUCGCUGACAAAGACAGCAUCUGCUUCUGGGACUGGGAGAAGGGGGAGAAGCUGGACUACUUCCACAAUGGGAACCCGCGGUACACCCGCGUCACCGCCAUGGAGUACCUGAACGGCCAGGACUGCUCGCUGCUGCUCACGGCCACGGACGACGGCGCCAUCAGGGUCUGGAAGAACUUCGCCGACUUGGAGAAGAAUCCGGAGAUGGUGACCGCCUGGCAGGGGCUCUCGGACAUGCUGCCCACAACCCGAGGGGCUGGGAUGGUGGUGGACUGGGAGCAGGAGACCGGCCUGCUCGUGAGCUCGGGGGACGUGCGCAUCGUCCGCGUCUGGGACACCGACCGCGAGGUGAAGGUGCAGGACAUCCCCACGGGCGCCGACAGCUGCGUGACCAGCCUGUCCUGCGACUCCCACCGCUCCCUCAUCGUCGCCGGCCUCGGCGACGGCUCCGUCCGCGUCUACGACAGAAGGAUGGCCCUCGGCGAAUGCCGCGUCAUGACGUACCGGGAGCACACGGCCUGGGUGGUGAAGGCCCUGCUGCAGCGGCGCCCCGAGGGCCACAUCGUGAGCGUGAGCGUGAACGGGGACGUGCGCUUCUUCGACCCGCGGAUGCCGGAGUCCGUGAGCACCAUGCAGAUCGUGAAGGGCCUCACGGCCCUGGACAUCCACCCCCAGGCCAACCUGAUCGCCUGCGGCUCCAUGAACCAGUUCACGGCGGUCUACAGCGGGACCGGGGAGCUGAUCAACAGCAUCAAGUACUACGACGGCUUCAUGGGCCAGCGCGUCGGCGCCAUCAGCUGCCUGGCCUUCCACCCGUACUGGCCGCACCUGGCCGUGGGCAGCAACGACUACUGCAUGUCCGUGUACUCCGUGGAGAAGCGCGUCAGAUAGCAGCGCCCGUGUGCCCGCGCGGGCCGGCCGCUGCCCGGGCGCCCUGAUCCUGACCCGGCUGCGAGGGCUCCCGGAGGCCACGCUGUCCAUCUGUCCGUCUGCUGCCGUGCUCUGGAGACCUGGGGCGCGGCGGCUGCUGCUGCUUCGCUGGGUCGCAGCUCCCAGGCCGAGGACCAGGCCGCCCUCACCCGCUCCCUCCUGUCCUGCUUUCCUUCCGAGAGUUUUAACGGGGAGACAGACUCGUUUUCCUCUCCGAGCUCCCGAGCUGCGGCCCCACGGAGCUCCCAGGGGACUCCGGCCUCCCCAGGGCUCGGCUGCCCUCAUGUCCCCGGCCUGCCCUUGCCUGGCCGUGGGCGUGCUGGGGCCCAGCCCCCACCCAGCUGGGCCCUCCUGCCCCUGCGCCCACGGGGACAGUCCCACGCAGACAGGAGAGGCCGGGGGUCCGAGACGGGGAGCAGGGUACGGAGGAGCUGGCAGCCGGCCCGCCCACCCAUGCCCCGCGGCUCACGGCAGCCCCCCAGCCCCGGCCCCCCUGCAGCCACCUUCCCGGCACAGCCUUGGAUCCCAGCCUGGGCCCCUGUGACCACAGCCCCCUCAGCAGGAGGGGCCUGUGGCCUGGGACAGGCAAGGCCGGGCCUGUCGACCCUGCCACUGCCCAGGUCCGUGUCCUUCCCACCUGUGCUUGCACACACACCCCACACGCACGCACACGCACACGGGGGGCGGAGCUGGAGCCCGAGAGGGUCACGGGCAGAAGGUGCCCAGGCACCGCCGCUGUCCCCACCCGGCAGCAGCAGCAGCAGCAGCACGGAGGAGCUCCGCGCCGAUCACUUCAGCGCGUGUCUGUGCGGGCGCACAGGUGUGUGUGUGUGUACACGGGUGCGUGCCGAGGUGCGUGUCUGCGUGUGCGGGUGCACGUCAGGGAGCCGAGGCCGCAGCCGAGCCCGGGACCGGCCUCGGAGACCGUGCGGCGCCAGCGCAAACACCUGGAGGACGAAACCCCCACCAGGACACCCGAAAAGCGUUUCCCCACUUUGCUCGGGAACCGGGACACUCAGAGGAGCGAGGCGGCUCAGCCGACUCUGCCCGCGAGCGGCCGACAGCCGUGCGAGCGUGACAGGGCGGUGACGGAAGCUUCGGUCCUCUCGCGCCGCAGACGAGGGUCCUGCCUCAGCCGAGGGCGCCGUGGGCGGAGGGAGCCCCGGGGCGGCGCAGCCUGGGGGUGCUGGGGCGGGGCUGGGCGCAGGAGGUGGCCCUCCCACUCGUGGGCCCUGCGUGCGCCCAGCAGGAGAAGGGUCUGGGGCAGAACCCCCACUCCAGUCGGGGACCUUCCCCUGUGCCCUGGGCUGCACCGGGGCAGGAAGGCCACAGGGAGCUCCACCCCUCCACACACGGCGCCCAUCGGCUCGGCACGGAGCUCCAGGCGGCGACCCUGGAGCCUCCCGGAAGCUGAGCCCCCCACCCCCACCCCCCAGACGCUGAGAGCGUCUGAGUCAUGGGGCGGUCCCACUCCAGACUCCAGGCUCACGGGCGAUGCUGUUUGUUUUGAGACAAAACCAUGACCUGCCCCAGCGAGGCCGCUGCCUGCCGUGGUGUGACCGCGGCCACCACGCGGGGCUGUCCUCGCAGGCCCGACGCGAAAAUCCAAUCAUGAAAUUGACCCAGGCUCAAGAGCCUGACCGAGAGGUUCGUUGACCCCUAUUUAUUUUGCCAGAACGACACACAUGGAAUUGUGCCACGGACGCCGGGGCGCCGACAGACAAUAAACUGCCAAUAAACCUACGUGCAGAG